AGGGACGUCACAGAUGUGUGGUAGACAUUAAGCCUUUAUUUGCAAUUGGACUCUGAGUUGUUACUCCACCCUUAAGAAGUUUAUCCGCCUGUACAUGAAUUUGUAUUACAGCCACAGGAGGAGGGGGUAUGAAGACAAGGCAAUGUGGGCGGUUUACAAGAAGUGCUUGGUUUAGAAGAGUAAGAGAAAGAAAGAGAGACAGAUAAAGCUGAGGGGAGGAAGGAAGUCAGAGAUCAGCACUCUAUACACAUUGUUUUCCAGGACAUCUCAAGAACACUGUGAAGACAGAGAGGAGGAUUUAUCACAUCUUUCUACCCUUUCCUUUCAAUUAGAAAAAUGAAGUCCGUAAUAAAGAGAUCUUUUUCAGACUUCUUCUUUGAAUAUGAAACUCCACGACAGGUUCUGGUCAAGAACAAAAGAGUUGCAGUUGUGUGCAGAAUCAUCCAGCUGGGCGUUUUAUCCUACAUCAUUGGAUGGGUGUUCAUGUAUGAGAAAGGCUACCAGACAGUGGAUACUGCCAUAAGCUCCGUCUUCACCAAGAUGAAGGGAGUGUCCUACACAAACAUCAGUGGAAAGGAGAGGAUAUGGGAUGUAGCUGAUUACGUUUUUCCUGAACAGGGUGACUCGUCUUUUGUUGUGAUGACAAACUACAUUUCCACUGAGGGACAGAAACAGGGCAAAUGUCCUGAGCUGCCGGAUGGGAAGAACAAUUGCACCUCGGACACAGCCUGUGAUGAGGGAAAAUACAAACGUACGGGAAAUGGGCAAAUGACGGGCAAGUGUAACACUAACACCAGUACUUGUGAGAUCUACUCCUGGUGUCCUGUUGAAGACGACCGUGAAAUACCAAACCCUCCAAUCCUGAGGACAGCAGAAAACUACACACUGUUCAUCAAAAACUCCAUUACUUUUCGCCAAUUUAAUGUAGUAAGGAGUAACUUGGUGGAGAGUGUAAACCAGAGUUACAUCAGUAAGUGUUUGUAUCACAGCCAGACUGAUCCACUGUGUCCUAUCUUCAGACUAGGAGACAUUGUUGAGCACUCCGGGUUCAAUUUCUCUGAGGUAGCUCGUGUGGGUGGUGCUAUAGGAGUCCUCAUUGACUGGGACUGCAAUCUAGACCUGAAUAUUAGACACUGCAAACCAAAGUAUGAAUUCUAUGGUCUUUACGGAACAGGGAAAAACGACCAAGAGGAGAAACCAUCAUUGGGAUACAAUUUUAGAUAUGCUAAAUAUUAUGUGGAGGAUAAAUUGGAGAAGAGAACACUAAUGAAGGUGUUUGGUGUACGGAUAGACAUCAUUGUUCACGGACGGGCAGGAAAAUUUGAUAUCAUCCCAACGCUAACGGCCAUAGGUUCAGGAGUAGGAAUCUUUGGAGUGGCCACCGUUGUGUGCGAUUUGCUCCUUCUAUAUUUACUUCCAAAGAGAGAUUUCUAUAAAAGCAUGAAAUUCAAGAAUACAGAAGACCAGGAAGAGAAUCCAACCUUGCCUCCGUCACAGAAAGAAAGAGAGCUACCGAAGGAGUGAAGUCAGACGGCUGCCAUGACGACUACUGCACUGAAAAAACACCACCUCAAGACGGCCUUAAGGAACUAUCAAACAUCACUUUUCUUUUCUAAAUUACAUUUCUACCCCAGACUACUGAAAACAUAUUCAAUCAUUGUUUUGAUUUCUCCACUGGGUGUGUUAAUAUUGAGAGGCUCAGGACUGUAAAGAAACAAUUUUAUGAGAUGUUUACAGGGUUUACAGAGUUUUUUUACAGAAUUUUUAUUUUUGUUUUUACAAACUGGAUAUGUCACCCAUAUAUUGUACAAAUCUAGAUGCUGUAUCGCCUUAAAAAAGUUAUUUUACUAUUAGGUGUUUUGUACAGGUUUCUAUUCUUCUUGUAGCAAGUCAAACUGUGAUGCAAACUGUGACCCUCAGAUUUUUGUGUGAAAUAAGGUUUAGAUGGUCAAUGAAUCAUCUGAGACUUAAAGGGUUAGUUCACCCCAAAAUGAAAAUUCUGUCAUUUAUUAUUCACUCUCAUGUCGUUCCACACCUGUAAGACCUUCGUUAAUCUUCUGAACACAAAUUAAGAUAUUUUUGAUAAAAAUCCGAUGGCUCAGUGAGGCCUGCAACGCUAGCAAUAACACUCCCUUUUUCAAUGCCCAGAAAGCUACUAAAAACGUAUUUAAAACAGUUCAUGUGAGUACAGUGGUUUAACCUUAAUAUUAUAAAGCGACGAGAAUACUUUUUGUGUGCCAAAAAUAACAAAAUAGCGACUUUAUUCAACAAUAUCUUAGUGAUGGGCGAUUUCAAAACUGCUUCAUGAAGCUUCAAAGCUUUAUGAAUCUUUUGUUUGGAUUCAGUAGUUCAGAGCGCGUGUCAAACGCGUGACUUUUUCCCCUAAAGGGUUCAGCUGAAAUCCCAGCCCUGCAACCAAUUUCAUUGGCUGAGGUUAUAGUGAUGGGUAGGUUUAGGGAUCAGGGUUGGGUGUAGGCAAUCGUUAUUGUGAUUGACAUGGCCAAUUAAAUUUACAUUUACAUUUACUCAUUUGGCAGACGCUUUUAUCCAAAGCGACUUACAAGUGAGGAAUACAACAAGCGAGUCGUCAUGACGAGGCAAAUAGACACAAAAAGUGCUCACAAUACAAGUCUUAGGUAAUGCUCAGAGUAUCAUAAGCUACAAUAGAGAGGGAUUAGAGGAAGUGAAAGGAUAGGUAUAAUUUUUUUUUUUUUUUUUUAAAUUAAGAUGAGGUUAAGUGCUCACGAAAGAGAUGAGUUUUCAGCUGUCUUUUGAAUAUUGCCAGGGAUUCUGCAUUCUGGAUAAUGUUUAGAAUCGGCUCCAGGGCGGGAUUUCGGCUGAACUGGUUUGGGGGACAAAAAUCAAGCGUAUCAAACUGCCAAAGUCACAUGAACUAUUGAAGUUUCAAAACACUUAAGAUGUAACGAAGCCUUGUUUACCGAAAUCAUGUGAUUUUGCCGCUCCGGACCACUGAUUCGAAACAAAUGAUUCGCAUUUUCAUUUUUGGGUGAACUAACCCUUUAAACGAUCCAAAAAGACAGAAUGAUGAGUGGUUUAGGCCUUUAGUUUUUACUUUAGCUCAUUCACAAAAUACUUAGCCAAGAAACAUAGGACGACUCAUCCCAACCACUCAUUCAGGAAAUUUGUUUCUUAGCUGUGCUCAUGUUCUGUCUGUAAAAUUAUCAACAUUUCAUGCCCAUAUAUUUAUUUGUUUGGAAAGUAGUUCUGUAGUCAUUGCUGCAAAAAAAAAAAAAAAAAACAGACAGACUGAUCAGGUAUCUUAGAGUUCAGAAUUUCUGGACACUUGGUCUCUUUCUUCUGACAUAACAAUAAUUUAAUCUCAAAUCAAAAUAAAACCCUUUCAGGAUAAUACAAAAACCCCCUCCGCUUUGCACUGGCAUCCUGAUGACUCUGUCUGGGUUUAUUUUGCAACAAUGACUUCGUUUUUAGCUACCUAGAUUUUAGUUUUUAGUUUCUCCAACCUGUUUUUAUGAAACUAUUUACAAUCUUGAACAGUUUGAAAAUCAGACAGACCAUGAAGGACUGUUUGGUUUUGUUGUGUACGAAAUACUACUGUUAUAUGUAUUAUUUUUAGCAGUUCAUUUUCAUUGAUUGAUUCCAUGCUCAUUUGUAUCAUAAACAAUGAUAAUAAAAAGCUAAAUGACAAAAUACGAAGAAAGAA